AUGAAUUUCAGAAAGAGAAAUAAGAUUAAAUUACCGAUAUCGUCUAGUGACGAGUCCAAUGUUAAGUUAGGUGUGAACAAAAUCAAACCUUCAUUAAAUUUCAGUGAGGACGAAUCCCUUGAUGAUUUUGAUGACUUACCAAGUUUAAAAAUGAAAAAGGGAGCAAGGAAGUAUUCUCCCUUCCCUACUACUACAAACACACAAGAUACUAAUAAGUUAAUAGUUUCUAAUGUUAACCUAGCCACUACCGAUAAUAGAGAUUCAUAUGAUUCUAUAUACAAAUCCAAAAACGUGAAUGGUACAGUACUGAAUUUAGAGGAUGAGACAGAAUUGAAUGAUAUAGAACAAAAAGAUACUGGUGACAUUACAAGUAGUAAUAUAUUAUCAACAUCUAAAAUCGAAGAGAUAAAGAGUAAAAAAGAAAAUAUUCGGAGGAAGUUGCUGCAAUCGCAAGAUAUUGAGAAAGGAACCCCGACGGAGAGAGAUUAUGCUAAAUUGUUAUCUUCCGAAGAAAGAUUAGACUUAUUAGACACAUAUAAAGAUAAUGGAGGUACCGCAAAGGCCAAUGAAUAUAAGGAUACCAAAAACACUGAAGACUAUACAGAUAAUAUAGUUGAUGAUGGUAAAUUAGCACUGACCAAAAAUGAAAUACUUCUAGAGAAGCAGAAAAGGAAAGAUUUAAUUGAACAAGCAAUUAAUGAAAAUGAUAAUGAUUCUAUAAGCGAUAUUUGGGAAAAGAAUAUCAUGCAACAAGGCUCUUUAGGAAACGACUCAUUUAAAUAUAACAAAAAGGUACGGCGACCAGUACUAUGGAAAGAUACAGCUGACUUCGAGGGAGAUUCGUUUAUUGAAAUGGAAUUAUCUAAAUCUCGCAUCAAGUUAAAGACUAAGCAGCUACAAUGUCAUUCACUCCAAAAAGAACGGACAGCAUUAAUUCAAAAAGGUAAAUCUCUUAUCAAUGAAAUUAUACAGUAA